AGUCAGUCAGUCAGUCUGUCGGAGUCUGUCCUCGGAACAGGAGGAGCGAAGCGAUUUCGAAGAGACCCCUGUCCUAUUACUUUCUUUCCCCUCCCUCUCUCCCGCCCCACAUCUCUCUUCACCCCUCUUUCGCCCUUGCGCAGCCAUGGCGGAGCUGUCGGCGGCCACUCAGUCCCCGUCCGUCUCCUCUUCGUCCUCCGGAGCCGAGCCCUCCGCGCCCGGCGGCGGCGGGAGCCCAGGAUCCUGCCCCGCCCAGGGGGCGAAGAGCUGCGGCUCCUCCUGUGCGGAUUCCUUUGUUUCUUCCUCUUCCUCUCAGCCUGUAUCUCUCUUUUCGACCUCACAAGAGGGAAUGAGCUCUCUUUGCUCUGGUGAGCCACCUUCAGAAAUUUUGACUUCCUUCUUUCUUACAUCUUCUGAAAUACGUAAAACUGACCUUGCAGUACUACGUGGAGAACAAAGCCAAGUGUUAGGCAGCCAGCCUGUUUUAGCCAAAGAAGGAGAAGACUGCUUGGCUCUUCUAGACGUGAAAACGACGGAGAAGCCUCAGGGGACCAGUAAAGAUGGAGCCAGCUCCGCGGUUCCUGUUGGGGAAGAAGGUCGCUGUCACCGCCCUUCCAUUCCAGCCAGCUUCCCAGGCCACCCUGCUUUCCUCUCAGAGGAAGCUGUUCAAGGGGAGGAACAGAGCAAUAAAGACCAAGGAUCCAAGAACCCCAGUGAGAUGCCAAGUAGGAAAGACAAAACAGUCUUGGAUGCCAAUGACAAGCUUACUUUGCCGACAGCCCAAAAACUACCCACUGAGCAGUCCAGGGCAGAAGGCAUCGGUACACACUCCUUAUCCCCACCCAAAGUGUCGGGAGGUGGUGGCAUUGAGAAGGAUUCCCCCGAAUCACCAUUCGAAGUAAUUAUCGACAGAGCAGCAUUUGACAAGGAAUAUAAAGAUUCCUACAAGGAGAGUGCCAAUGAUUUUGGUAGCUGGGCAACGCACACUGAUCGAGAAUCAUCUGCAGACCUUUCCGAGUCUAAUGACAAAGUGUUUCCACUAAGAAAUAAAGAGGCAGGGCGUUUCCCAACCUCUGCCUUGCUCACUAGGCAGUUUUCACACACAACUGCAGCACUGGAAGAGGUGUCUAGGUGUGUCAGUGAUAUGCACAACUUUACUAAUGAAAUACUGACUUGGGAUUUCGUUCCCCAUGUGAAGAAGCAGCAGGACGAUGAAGCCGACUACAUCACAAAAACUGCAGGACUUGACAUGAGCAAAUUUAAUUCAGAAAUUCCCGUUGUAAAUCUUAAAACUAAUACUCACCAGAAAAUUCCGGUAUGUCCUAUCAAUGGGAGCACGCCCGUUGCUAAAUUGACAGGUAACUGGGCAGAAGCAUCUUUCCCACAAGAAAAUGCUGCCGUUGAGAAACCUACACCGGACUGUCUUGACUCCACAACAGACAGCGGUGUCAAAGGUGUGCAAGGCAACGUGCAGAAACAAGGUGACACACUUUCAGAGGUGCCUGGAUCUCCGUUUGAGAAAUGUGUCUCUCCGGGUUCUGGUGUGGCUCCAGUAAAAGUGGUUUUACCUGAUGGCCACUUGAAAGGUGAAGUGAACUGGCAGAGCUCUGUGUUGGGAGAAGUGACAGAGGCUGAUAGCUCUGGGGAGUCUGAUGACACAGUAAUAGAAGACAUCACAGCCAAUAUUUCAUUUGAAAGUAACAAAAUUCAGGCUAAAAAACCUGUUUCCACUGCGAGUGCUGUCGUUAAAGCAGAUGAAAAAGAAAUCAAAGAGAUUCUCAAUUAUAACAGGGAAACCAAAACAUCCGAAAACUUGGAAGGGUCGGUCAGUGACUCUGAGCCACAAAUUCAGCCCGCUAUUCUUGCAGGGAGCCCAGCCGGUAUGGCGGCAGGUUCCCAGGUACCUGAUGCGAAUGUCACGUCAGGAGAUGUGAAGCAGUCGGCUGGAAGGGGUGGCGUUAUUCCUGAAAAGGCCGUUACAACUGAGGCGCCCACACUUCCUUCAGCAGCACCUUCGGAGGUCAUUGAGACAGAAUUCUCACCAAACGUGACAGCCUCUGCCCAUUUGGAGUCAGUACAUGAAAGAAGUAUUAAAGAUACAGAGGAUCCUUCCUCAGAGGACCUGGUAACAGCCUUUACAGAAACCACAGAGAAAGGAAUAGCAGAUAAAAGCGAAGGAAAUGCAUUGGAAGCAACAUCAGAGAAGGCUGCGGACUCCAAAACAACUCUUCCUGUAGAAGUCUUGUAUGAAUGUGAGUCAGGUGGUUCUGAAAUUAAAGACAUAAAAAGCAGAUACUCUCAACAAAACAAAGAAAUGAGUGGAAGCGAGCUUCUGGAUGCUUUUCCCACCCGAGGUGCUUCAGCAGCGUCUCUCGACUUAGAGCAGGAGCAGCUCACGAUCAGAGCCCUUAAAGAACUGAGCGCGAGGCAGGCUGAGAAGUCCGCUCCCGCACGGGGUGAGGUAGGCUCUCCUUCUGAGGAAACACUCAGGCAGACUCCCACAUCUGCUCCAGAAUCUUCUCAGCCACAGAGGUCACAGGAUGUCCAAGAACACACAGAUGUCAGAAAGCCCACUGUUAUCACAGAAACCACUAGCGUAGAUGUUGCCUCCAGCUGUAGCAAGACUGACCUGGUAAACACGCAUGUGCUAGCAAGACUUCUGGCGGACUCCACAGUGCACGACCUGAUUUUCUGGCGGGACGUGAAGAAGACCGGGUUUGUCUUCGGCACCACGCUGGUCGUGCUGCUCUCCCUGGCCGCUUUCAGUGUCAUCAGUGUGGUUUCUUACCUCAUCCUGGCCCUGCUCGUGGUCACCAUCAGCUUCAGGGUCUACAAGUCUGUCAUCCAGGCUGUACAGAAGUCAGAAGAAGGCCAUCCAUUCAAGGCCUACCUGGAUGUGGACAUCACGCUGUCCUCCGAGGCGUUCCACAGCUACCUGAACGCCGCCCUGGCACACGUCAACAAGGCCCUGAAGCUCAUCGUCCGCCUCUUCCUGGUGGAGGACCUGGUCGACUCCUUGAAGCUGGCUGUCUUCAUGUGGCUGAUGACCUAUGUGGGCGCCGUUUUCAAUGGAAUCACCCUUCUGAUCCUGGCCGAGCUGCUCGUCUUCAGCGUUCCCAUCGUCUACGAGAAGUACAAGACCCAGAUCGACCACUAUGUGGGCAUCGCCCGCGACCAGACCAAGUCGAUCGUGGAGAAGAUCCAAGCGAAACUACCUGGAAUUGCAAAGAAGAAGGCAGAAUAAGUACAUGGAAACCAGAAAUGCCACUGUUACUAAAACACCAUUUAAUAGUUAUAAUGUCGUUACUUGUACUUUGAAGGGAAGUGCUCGGUGUCAGCUUGAGCCUGCAUUCCAAGCUCUCCCCUCCCCCCUCCCCAAUUUAGUGUUUCCUCCUCCUCUCCCUUUCCCCGCAGUAUCAAGCACAAGAAUUAUUGGACUAAAAAGUGAACUGAUAUCUUAGAACCCAAAAGAGUCAAGACAGAACCAGUUGAAUGGAUAAAUCAAUACCUUAAUGGUGGUGGUGGAGCUUGAAAGGGGAAAGAUUGGUGGGUAGAAGAAAAAAAAGGAAGAUAAAACACAUCUUUUGGGUUCUUCUAUUUAAUUUUCAAAGCUAUGUAAUUUUCUUACAUAGCUUCCCAUCAUAAUUCCGCCCAGUUUUUAAGUUAAGAAAUAAUGGUUAACCUCAGAAGAAAUUAUCUGAGGACAAGAGCGGGGUCCUUCCCACAGGUGUGCGUCUUUUGCAGCCUCACCCCCUUCUUCCUGCCCCACCACGGGAGCGGCUACCCCUCGUGACCCCCCUUCACUUAUCGAUGUGACUUCCAACUCUGUGAAUAACGUAUAGGCGGCAGUGAUACCCUGGUUCCCAGAAUGCCCCCUGGUAGCCGGGCGUGGGCACAGACCGUGGGCCUGGGGGGGGGGUCGGGGGCGCCGCCCCUCCCGCUCUCAGCCGGGGAAGGAAAGGCUCCACCACUGGGCCCGGUGUCGGGGCCGCUCCGGACGGCAGUUCUGAGCUUCAGUUUGAGAACGCAUUCCUGAACGUGCUUUCCUCCCUCGCCCCCGUCCACCUCACCUCAACUUUAAUAAAUAUGGUCGUACUUUUCUUCUUAUGAAAUAAAUGUCUGUAACUGCUGUACGCUGCUGUAAACUUGUCAGAGAAAAACCUGCAUGUGGGCUCCUCGGUCGUCGAGUCACCGUGAUCCCGUCUCAGUCCGUGUGUGGUGAGGGGGGCGUUCUCAGGAGGUGAGCUACGGAAACACGGGCGUUUUCUCCUUUAUCUUUUCCCCCGCAGCUUCCUCCUUCACAGCCUACGUCUUUUUUUAAUCCUCACCCAAGGAUGUUUUCUGAUUUUAGAGAGAGAGAGAGAAACAUCAAUGUGAGAGACAUCAAUCAGUUGCCUCCCAUACGCGCCCCAGCCAGGGAGUGAACCCGCAACCUUCUGGUGUACAGGAGGAUGCCCCAACUGACUGAGCCACCCAGCCGGGGCCGCGGGCUACUUCGUUAACCUCCAUUCCUCCUCUAACCCCGAGGGCCCCCGCUGAGCUGGCUUGCGAGGACAUGAUGUGUGUCUGUAGUUGAGACCACAGCGUAGUGUAGGGAAGUACAUUUUGUGGUUCACGUGGAGUUCUAACUUGGAGGCCAGCUUCUGGGCUGUGUGUUAGUUUUGAAGGUUCCUUUCCUUUCCGGGCACAGGAAAUGUGGGAGAGCGCCUUUGCCGUGGCCCGGGGCGCUCCCUUUGAGAAGGUUUCCCAGGAAGCACUAGGUGAGGGCGGCCAGGCAGGGUCAGGCGCUGCUGGUGGGCUCUGUGCACAACUAAGACAGCCGAACAGCUCACGUUGCCGGCAGACGGAGGGGACCGGGAAUCCAAGGUUCCCGUGUGAGAUCGCGAAGUGUCUUCCUCCCCUCAGAGUGUGAACAUUCGGUGAACUCGAAAGCCAUCUAUGAGUUCCUCCUUGGGGCAGUAGCUUGUGCUGAGAACCCGGAGGGGAUGCGCGCUGGGGACUUGCAAGUAAGGCCUGCACCCUCAACAGUCCCAGAGCGCGCGACUCUGUAGAAGGCAGCAGGAGGAGUCUUUCUGCUUUGGGGGGAAUUACCUAGGAAUUUAGAUGGGUAAAAGGUACCCUUGCCUUACUCCAUUCUCAUUUUCUCGGCCCGCUUUCCUUUUGAACGUGCUCACUGGUGGUGUGUCACAGACCCGAAAUCACCUCCGCCGUCCCCGCCCUCCCCCGCCCGGAAGGCGGCCGCACGCGCGGAUCACCAUCCGGGCCUCCCGUCCGCCGGACCGUGUUCUGCCCUGGAAGCCUCCGCACCCAGCUCUUCGGUUUUGUUAUGCCGUGUUUAGGUGAUUGGACAGAACUUUGUGCCACACAGGAUUUUUUUUUUUUUUUAAGAAAAACUUAUAGAUGAAAAAUCACUAAUGAAGCUGUGUACGUGUAUGUGCGUGCAACAUAAAAAUACAGUAGCACCUAAGGAGCUUGAAUCUUGGUUCCUGUAAAACUGCAAAUUGAUGUGGUAUUAAUAAAAAAUAAAAAAAGA